AUCGUAUUUUCAUUUCUUAUUAGUGAAAAUAACAUGUUUUGAAUAACUUUGGUGAGCUGUUUUAUUUCACCAGCUUCAUUUUCUACUUCAUGUUUAACAACCGCUUUGAUGCCUGUGUGAUACAUAGCUCUUGGGAAGGUCAAUCAAUUUGAGGAGAUUGAUUGCAGAGAGAAUGAACAAAAUGUUUCGAGACAACAUCGAGUUUUUGUUUGACCGCUUUGAAUCUCAAGACAUUUGUGCCAUUGUGGAAUUGGAUAAGCUUCUUGAGAUUUUGCAACAUGCCCAUGAAUAUUUGUCAAAAGAUCUUAUACUAGAUUCUUUCAAUAUGAUGCUAAAUGAAAUGCAGGAGAAUGUAUCUCUUGUGUCAUAUUCUAGCCGUCUUGCUUCUCAGAUUUGGACGGAGAUGCAAAAUGAUUUUUUGCCAAACUUCAUACUCUGCAAUACAACUCAGCGUUUUGUCCGAUCUUCUAGAGUUCCUUCAGUUUCUGUGCAGAAACCUUCAAUUCCCUAUGCAAAGCCAAACUUUUAUUGUGGUAACCCAGAUCUAAAUUCUGCAUACCAGAACUUUGCUCGAUUGUAUUGUGGAUUUUUUGGGAUCCCUCACAUGUAUUCAAUUGUAAAGCUUUUGGGGUCUAGAUCAUUGCCUUGGCUUAUCAGAGCCCUCUUGGAUCAUGUCUCAAACAAGAUUACUACAAUUGAACCAAUGAUUAUUGGCUUACAAGAAGCUUUGCCUAAGUCCAUUGGAUUGCUUCCGUUUGAUGGAGGAGUAGCAGGAUGUAUGAGAUAUGCAAAGGAUAUUCUUAACUGCUGGCAGUCAAAAUCUGAACUCAAAGCUAAGAUUCUUUGUGGAAUCAAGGAAAUUGGGAGUGUGCUGUACUGCAUGGGUCUUCUUGAUAUUGUUUUGGUAAGUUUGCCAAGUCGAUUGGUUUUCUAGGUAGUACUACUUACUAAUACCAUGAACUCAUUGCACUUUCGUUUAAAUUUGGGUCCUUUCCUAUAAAUAGAAAGCUAGUAAUACAUCAUCAAGACCAAUCCUCCAUUUGUGGGACUUGGUCUACACUCUAAGUGAUGCAAUUAGAGAGGGAAGAAAUAAAGCAAGUCUAGACUU